AUGAAGACAUUCAAAGGUUGGUUUAAAUAUACCCUACAGCAGAAAGUUUUCAUCCUGUUUUUAACCCUAUGGCUGUUCUCCCUGUUCAAGCUUCUAAAUGUGGGAAGACUCUUAUUUCCUCAAAGAGGCAUUUACUUGGUCGAGUACUCUCUAAGUACCUCACCUUUUGUAAGAAACAGAUACACUCAUGUUAAAGACGAAGUCAGGUAUGAAGUCAACUGUUCUGCGAUCUAUGAACAGGAACCUUUGGAAAUUGGCAAGAGUCUAGAAAUAAGAAGACGAGACAUCAUCGACUUAGAGGAUGAUGAUGUUGUGACAAUGACCAGUGACUGUGACAUUUAUCAAACCCUAAGAAAGUACCAUCAAAAGCUUGUUUCAAGGGAAGAGAAGAGCUUCCCAAUAGCCUAUUCUUUGGUUGUCCAUAAAGAUGCAAUUAUGGUUGAAAGGCUCAUCCAUGCUAUAUACAACCAGCACAAUAUUUACUGCAUCCAUUAUGACCUUAAGUCACCUGAUACCUUCAAAAUUGCCAUGAACAACUUAGCUAAAUGCUUCUCCAAUAUUUUCAUUGCUUCCAAAUUAGAGGCUGUGGAAUACGCCCACAUUUCCAGACUCCAAGCUGAUUUGAAUUGCUUAUCAGACCUUCUCAAGUCUUCAGUUCAAUGGAAGUAUGUCAUCAACCUGUGUGGGCAAGAUUUUCCCCUGAAGUCAAAUUUCGAAUUAGUGUCAGAGCUGAAGAAACUCAACGGAGCAAAUAUGUUAGAGACAGUGAAACCCCCUACCAGUAAAAUGGAAAGAUUCACUUACCACCAUGAACUCAAACGGGUGCCUUAUGAAUAUGUGAAGCUACCAAUAAGGACAAACAUCUCCAAGAAGGCACCUCAUAGCAUUGAAAUAUUUGGCAGUGCCUAUUUUGUUUUAAGUCGAGCAUUUGUUAAUUAUAUUUUCAACAACUCCCUCAUUGAAGACUUUUUUGCCUGGUCUAGAGAUACAUACUCUCCUGAUGAGCAUUUUUGGGCUACCUUAAUCCGGGUACCAGGAAUUCCUGGGGAGAUUUCCAGAUCGGCCCGGGAUGUGUCUGACCUACAAAGUAAGACCCGCCUUGUUAAAUGGAAUUACUAUGAAGGCUUUUUCUACCCCAGUUGUACUGGCUCUCACCUUCGAAGUGUGUGUAUUUAUGGAGCUGCAGAAUUAAGAUGGCUUAUGAAAGAUGGACAUUGGUUUGCUAAUAAAUUUGAUUCUAAGGUAGACCCUGUCUUGAUUAAAUGCUUGGCAGAAAAGCUUGAAGAACAGCAGAGAGAAUGGAUCACUUUGUCUUCGGAAAAAUUAUUUAUGGAUGAAAAUCCCACAAUCACAUCAUCAUUGUAA